AAAGAUUGUCAACAAAGGCAAUAUCCGAGUGGCAUUUCGGUCGGCGCAUCACGAGGCUUACACCCUCGAUCAGUCCGAUCAGUCUGCUUUGGUACGGCGAAAGGCUCAAAUAGUCAACAAUGUCAUGGCAGCUCUGAUGGAAUAUAUCAACACCGUUUUACCACCACUUCAAGAGUGCGAUAAUAACAACCGCUCGAGGGGCACUUCUCAAAGGAAAGGCAACACAACGGCCAGCGGGGCGGGUUGCUAUGAUGGUGGCGGCGACGACAAGGAAGGAAAUGGCAGUAGGAGAUCCAACAAGCGCCAGCAGCGAGAUGAAUCUCCCGACGGCGAAGAUGCUGGAAGUGGUGAAAAAGGCGGCGGGAAAGGCCCCAAGCGUGCGCGACGGGAUAGUGGUGACGGAGAACCAAUGUUCGCGGAGCAUAUCUACCGCACUCACAAGAUCCCAAAGCACAUCUGCCUACGAUGCAGGGAGGAUCUGAGAAGCGAGCAGGAGCUUGGUGCUCAUCUCCGUGCGGAUAAGCGGUGCGAGAAGGUGGACCACAGGCCGUGGUAUGGCAUCACUGAGGCCCAGGAAGCCUUGAUUCGUGCCCGCCCCGCCCGCCCGGGUAAGGAAAAGGGAAGUGAGGAGGAGAGAUGGAACGAACUCUAUAAGAUUAUUUUCCCAGACGCCCCUGACAUGCCCACCCCUUAUUACGAUGAAGCCCGGUCUCUUGCUGGCCUGCAACAAUAUCUCCGCCAGGAGCUCCCACCUUUGCUUCGUCAAGAGCUUGAAGAGGAAGUUGAGAAGAAGCUGAGCGUAGUUGAGGCUGAUAUGAAGCACAACGCGAUAAAUGCGAUUCGACGACUGGCCUGUAGCCUAAUCCAAUCGUAUACUGACAAGAGACAAAACAAGAAGGCCUCCAGCCCUAGGCCAAGGUUGGGGUCGAGGUCUAGGUCAGAGUCAAGAUCAAGGUCGCAAACCGAGGUUCCAGAGCUUGCUUAUCCCGACACGACUGAGUGGGUUGGCAUUGCUUCUGACGGGCCAUCCUACGAGGAGCCUGGCCUCUUAUUCCAAGACGUGGGCCUGUCCGAGCUUGACUACGGUCUGGAUAGCCUGCUAGAGCAUGCGCCCUUUUACGGAGACCACAGCGGUGCAACUAUUGACGGCCACUGGUAA